GGCUUUUUACUCAUCGUUCACUAUAUAAUACGAUACCACACUUGACAUUUCUUCGGUAUGUAUAAAACGCAGUCGCGAGUACUUCCUUCUGCUUUUGCAACAAACACGUCUGCAUUUGUUGCCAAGUAUUUAUAUCAGCAUUAAGUACAUGAGGUUCUUGUCGCUCUUUCGACCACCACCAUUAUCCGCAAUCACGACAGAAGCAACUCUUCGGAGACAAUAUCCGUCUUACUUGCCAAAAUCAAUCCCGACAUUAUCUCAUAUUGAAACAAGUAUGCCUCCCAGAAGAAGUGCACGUAAAGCACUGCAACCCUCUUCAACCGACAUGGCGCCUUUCGCCACCUCUCCCAGAAGUCUAGAGCAAAGUCUUGCUCCGUCCCCGCCUUCGAAACCACCCAAAGCGACUUUACUGGCGGUAGCAAUGGCCAUGGAUGAAGAGAAUCUUACACCUCCGUCAGCUUCCGAUGUAGAGGACGACCAGGUCAGCAAGGUAGUGAUGAACGGUGCUGCAGACCGAGCGUCGAUCAAGCGUAAGAGGGGCUCAAAAAUGGCUGUAGAAGAAGGAGGGAAGGUGGAGAUUGGGGAAAUUAGUUCAACAAAAGGGAGAAAAAGAGGCCGAAAGUCUAACGCUGAACUUGCUGCUGCCAAGGAAGAAGCUGAAAGUGAGGAAGAACUUGAUUUCAGGGAAGACAUGGCAAUACCCGCGAAAGGGAAGAAAAAUGGACAAAGAAUCACAGUUGAGUCAACAGCCACAGCGAAAAAUGGAGAACAAGAAAGAACAAAGAAAAAAGCGGUAAAGAAAUCACGAAUAGCCAAAGACGAACCGCAAUACGACGAUGAAGGCAAUGAGAUCGUGAAACGUAAACGAAAGCCUAGGGAGUACCCCAAAAAGGUAUAUGAAAUUCCGGAUGUUGAGCGGAAGACGACGACAUUCAGAGGACGCCUUGGAUACGCCUGUUUGAAUACCGUGUUACGUGCCAACAAGCCUGAAAGUAUAUUUUGUUCGAGAACUUGUCGAAUCGCCAGUAUAGAGGAAGAGGGGAUUGAAUUACCUAAAGGGCUCGGGCUAAUGAACGUUCGAGACCUCAAGACAUUAAUCCAAUGGAAUGAAGACAACAAGAUCCGUUUCAUGCGGAUGUCUUCUGAAAUGUUUCCUUUCGCGUCUCACGCCAAGUAUGGAUACUCUCUCGAUUUUGCGGAUGCAGAGUUGAAAGAAGCAGGAGAUUUAGCAAAAAAAUACCGGCAUAGAUUGACUAUGCAUCCAGGUCAGUUUACGCAAUUAGGGUCACCGAAAAAGGCGGUAGUAGAUGCGUCAAUUAGAGAGCUAGAAUAUCACUGUGAAAUUAUGGACAGGAUGGGACUUGGGCCUGAUGGUGUGAUGAUCAUCCAUAUGGGGGGUGUUUACGGGGAUAAAGAAAGCACUUUGGCAAGAUUCAAAGAAAAUUACACCACCCUUACGAGCGACCAGGUGAAGGCAAGGCUUGUCCUGGAGAAUGACGAAAUUUGUUACAACGUCGAUGAUCUUCUACCAGUUUGUACUGAGCUUGACAUCCCCAUCAUCUUUGAUUAUCAUCACGACGCCUUGAACCCUUCCGCCGGCCCUCCCGCAGAGCUUAUCCCGAAGAUUGCAGAGGUCUGGAACAAGAAGGGCAUCAAGAUGAAGCAACAUCUAUCAGAGCCUAGACCAGGGGCGGAGAGCAUAAUGGAGAGGAGGGCGCAUGCUGAUCGAUGUCAGACGUUGCCAGCGGAGUUGCCGGAUGAUGUCGAUUUAAUGAUUGAGGCCAAAGACAAAGAGCAAGCAGUAUUCGAGCUGUACCGAAUCUACGGCCUGGAAGAUGUUAUCCAUGACAACCUGCGCCCUCCCGAUCCCAAUCCCAGCAUGCAGACCAAGGGCCGGAAGAGCAAUCUCAAGAAGAAGACCAAAGAAACAGUGGAUGUCGACUCUCAAGCUGAACCGGUCCAGUUGUCUGAUAUCGAAAAGGAGGGCGACGGAGGGAUGGGCGAUGAGGGUAUCAAGAAAAACGGACAGGUUGUGGAGAUAGAUGAUGUGGGCAUAGAGGUAGACGUGGAUGAGACGAAGAAGAUGCCCAAGGAGAAAGGAAGAGUGAAGAAAAAAGCGGUGGCAGAAUAGCCAUUUUUAUAUGCAUCUUUGCCCUCGACGCACGGACCUUCCGUCGUUGACACGCGAGUCGUGCGGAUAUGUCUGUAUUUAUGGCACAGUAACGGUAGACUUAUAUUGAUUGGCGAUUGGGGCAUCGGGCAUCUUGUUGUCUUCAGAUUUUCAUACAAGCAAAGAAGCAAAGACGCAAAGGCGAGAGACGACAAAAAUGGAUGAUUUUCGCUACAAGAACGAAGGCUUCAACCGACGCAAAGAAGACGUCGCUUCUAGCUUCGAAUAAAUGUAACAAAUCAAAUUGAAAGGCGCGAAACACCAGA